AAAUCAGAUUUCACCCGCCCCAAUUUUCAGCCCACUCCACAAAACCCUAGACCGUGUUUCCAGUUUUGUUUCACCAAACAAAACCCUAGACGCAGUCGCUCCUCCUUGCGCUGCGUAGCACAGAGAAACGAAGAGUGCUGAUCCAACAUGUCGAAGCGAGGCCGCGGAGGUUCGGCGGGGAACAAGUUCAGGAUGUCGCUGGGUCUACCGGUGGCGGCGACGGUGAACUGCGCCGACAACACGGGGGCGAAGAACCUCUACAUCAUAUCGGUGAAGGGAAUCAAGGGGAGGCUCAACCGUUUGCCGUCGGCUUGCGUCGGGGACAUGGUGAUGGCCACGGUUAAGAAGGGGAAGCCCGAUCUAAGGAAGAAGGUCAUGCCCGCCGUCAUCGUCCGACAGCGCAAGCCGUGGCGCCGAAAGGAUGGCGUCUUCAUGUACUUCGAAGAUAAUGCUGGUGUCAUUGUGAAUCCAAAAGGUGAAAUGAAAGGUAAUUAUUAUUAUAUUUUUUAUGUUUUUUCGUUGAACCAAUCCCACCAACCGUGGAGUAAAUGGAACAUCUUUGAGUUUCAGAUAAUGGCCAAAUUUAUAAUGUUUAAAGUGAAUGGGACACACUUCAUUUGAGCUCAUUUGCACUCAUUUAACCAGUAGUAGUUAUGAUGUCCCAAUGGAAAUGGAAACAAAUGGAACUGGCAACAAAAUUUGCUGAGGUGUUUGUCUGUAUAUGACAUGAAAUAGUUUUCUUGUUGGAUUUUUGAUCACUGUACUUGAGGCUGUGACUGUGAUGUUCGUACAUUCUUACUGAAAUAAAGCCAGAUUUUCAAUGUUUAAUACUUUUGUAGAAUUUUGUUUUGCUCAAGUUUUUGCAUAAUACCACCAAGUCUUUAAGAAAAAGGUAAUUUCUUUAUUUGUUUUCAAUCCAUUUAGAGGUGGAGGGAAGGGGUUAUGAGAGCUUGAACCAUUGAGUUGAUGAGCAGCAAAUUCACUUGCCCAACCUCUGGGCUAUUUCCUUGGCGCAAUUUCAUGUCAUUUCACCUCCAUCUUUUUUGUUUCAUCUUGAUUGUUGCGACAGUUCUCUGUGUAGUUUGGGUUUGUAGUUGGGUUUUAUUGUUUGUUUGGUAUCUCUGAACUACUUGCUUGUAAUCUCAUAUCUUAGUAAUUAUUGACAUUUCGGACUGACCGGGAGACGGGCUACCAAACGAAUAGCUCCUUCGACCCAUGAAAGUUUAUGAGUGCCAAGAAUCAUCUCGAUUAUAUUACUCAAAGUUGGCAGAUAGGGAAAAUGUCAGAAUCUUAUUUCUUUCCAAGAGUUAUUCCGCGAGUGAGAUGGUGUUUAGACAUUUAUAAGUUCGGAGUUUUGUCACGUCUUAGGUAAAAUUGCAUGCUCUAGGGCUUUAAAUCAUUUACGAUUUGCAUCCACACACCCUAUAUCGUCAUGAAGUGCUGAAUGUAUUGGUGAGUUAUUCACAUUUCUUUUCUGCUUUGUUAUUCGUAGGAUCUGCAAUAACAGGUCCGAUUGGAAAGGAGUGUGCUGACUUGUGGCCAAGGAUAGCUAGUGCUGCGAAUGCUAUUGUUUAAGAGUAUCGAUCCAAAGUGUUUGGAAAAACUGGUUUUGUUCGUCUGCAACUCGAUUUUGCUAGUAUUUGAAAUUGUAUUUUUAAUAGGUGUGUUAAGUGGGGUGGUUGAACUAAGAGACUACAUUUUUUGUUCACAGUUAUCAUGUGAUGCUUAAUUUGGUUA